AUGGCGAACACUCAACGGGAAGACAACACUAUAUAUCUUACGGAAAAAGAGGCGGAGCGCAUUAAGAACACAGUAGAAGAGCGAAUAAAGAAGUGCACAGAACAACAUGGGAAUCCAAAAGUACCGAGAGACAAGGUAGCGGCUCAUCAACAAGCCACUGGCGCUGCUCUCAUGGCCGAUAUGGGCGGCGCACCAGAUCCGGAUUUGUUACAAACCCAAGGCAAGACCGCAAGUACCAUUCCGGCGAUUGGAGUAGGACGGCCAUACGCGCCAUGUAAAGUGCCAGUAUCCGAGUUGGAACCCAUAAAGAUGGCUGAUCUUCGCAUGGAGACUCAUCAUCGAGGCCGAAAGCUAACAGUCAAGCGAGAGAGUCCGGUAGUCACGCUUGUAGCAAGAUCGUGGACCAUGGUUCAAGAAGAAGACGGCAGCGACUCUGAGCGUCUGGAAAUUUCACUUCACAAAUCUCGGUACGGGGAAGAUAUACUGGAAUCGACGAAGCUCUUCAUCAUCAAAGAACCAUACUUUACCCUCACUGACCAGGGGGAGCCUACACUCCGCAUCGACCAUCCCUCCGACUUGGUGAUUUGCAAUCAGGAUAUCCUGAACCUCAAGACAUUCGAGGAUACAGCAGCGGCUGAAAAGGCGGCAACUAGGUUCAAAAAGGAGGGCAAUGACGCCCUCAAGAAGCAGGAUCUGCCAGUGGCACUUGACAAGUACUCUGCGGGUCUGGCAAUCGCAACGCAGAGUAUCGUAUCAGACUCGAAUCCAGAUCUGGCCCGGGACAUCUACCGCAACCGCGCUUAUGUGAAUCUUCUGCUGGGCCGCUUAGACGAAGUCCAAACAGACGCGCGAGCCUCCUUGACAGGCAGAGAAGACACCAAAUCCAACGAACUAGACAGCAAAGCCUUCUACCGCGCCGGCAUGGCCGCUUACAACCAAAGCCGGUGGCACGUAGCCAAAGACCACUUCCUCCAACAACAAUCCCUCACCCCCGACGACAAAGACGCCAAGUCCCAACUCAAAAAGAUCGAAGCCCGCCUCCGCGAAGAACAAACCGGAUCCUACGACCUCUUCAAAAUCCGCACUUCCCUCUCCAAAGCCCGCUCCCGCAUCGACGCCGGAAACUUUAUUCUCAAGACCGAAAUCAAACAAAGCCCUGGCAAAGGUCGCGGCCUCUACGCAACCUGCGACAUACCCGCCGGGGACAUCGUCAUAUGCGAAAAAGCCUUUUGCGUAGUCUGGGGCCACGAACCAGACACCCUAACCGCCAUGACCUACGACGUACGGGACUCUCGAAUCCGCGUUGCGCCCCUCGGCCUCGCCAAAGCGCUCGUUCAAAAAUGUCUAAACCAACCCAGUCUAACAGACGGCUUCAUGGACCUCUUCGGCGACUACGUAGGCGACGUCGCAAACGUGUUUGUCAACGCCGACGGACCCGUCGUAGACGUCUUCCGCGUCCACGACAUCAUGUCACGCAACGGCUUCGGGCCGGGUAGCCAAUUCGGCGAGGAAAGCGCACGAAAUGCCAGCACAGGACUCUGGAUCCAUGCUGCCUACAUCAACCACUCUUGUCUGGCGAACACAGCAAAAGAAUUCGCGGGCGAUCUGCUCAUCAUCCGCGCCACACGUGAUAUCAAGGCCGGCGAGGAAAUCUUCCAUCCGUACGAUGCGUCGCUAGACUACGAGACGAGGCAGGGGUUUUUGGACCGCACGUGGGGGUUUCGCUGCUUUUGUAGGCUGUGCGAGACGGAGGAUAAGGACGGCAAGGAGGUUCGGGAUAGGCGCAUGGAGUUGCUGGGGGAGGCGGACGCGUUUAUUGAUAAGACGCCUUGGGCAGGGGCUAAGAGGGUGGCGCUCAGGAAGGCGCAGAACUUGCUCAAGGGGCUCGACGCUACGUAUGAUGAAGCGAGGUGGGAGGGCCUGCCGAGGAGACACACAGAGGGGAUUAGGGCGUGGUUGGCUAGAGCGAGUCCACGGUGA